CAGGGGCAGACUGACCAUUUGGAAACUCGGGAACUGCCCGAGGGCCCGAGGUCAAUAGGGGGCACCAUGAGAUGCCCCUGGUACCUUUUUCAUAGGCUUUUUUGAGUUUGGGCAAGGACACAGGGGCCCCAUGAUCCCCUAUUGCCCAGGGGCCCCAUGAGUUGUCAGUUCACCCCUGAGGUCCGCCCCUGCUCUGCAGAUUAGUUCUGUGAAACCUUUAUGUGUAUUCAGUAAGGCAUUCACUUUAGUAU